CUCCAUUUUUGUCAAGACUUCAAUAAAAUAUUAAAAUUUAAAAAUUGUUCCUGAUAAUUAUUUUUUUUUUUUAAAUUCCAAAAAAACUCUUACAUUUGAAGGAUUCAUUGCUGGAUACCAGUGCAGUAGAUUAAAAAAAUAUGGUCAAUAUUGUCAGAUUUAGUCGCUUUUUUAGUAGUAAAUCAGCUGCUAUUACAAAAAUUCAUAGAAACAUUUAUCCACAACACUACCUUACCAAAGUAGUUCAACCAGAUGGUUCAAGUUUUACCAUUAGAUUCAAUGAUCCUCGUAUGAUAAUUAAAUUACCUUUAGAUAUGAACUCAAUAAGUGAAGAAGAACGUAAACGCAGAAUGGAAGCAAGAAAGCCCAAACAAAAGGUUAAAAUAGUAGAUGAAUUGGAAGAUUCAUUUGACAGGACCAAGUAUUUAAAAUAUUUUAAAAAGUGACAUUGAUCAUGUUUAUAAACAGAGUAUACCAUAUGUACAAUGAAUAUGAAUUAAUAAUUAUUAAUUAGAUGUAGGAUGUUCAAAAAUUAUUAUAUAAAUAAUAUACAUAAUAAA